AGAAAAACAAACAAACAAACAGGUCAGCUCUGUGGUCCUUAAAUCUCCAUAUUACUCUCCUCCUUCCUUUUACUCUUUCAUUUUCCAUUCACCAUUCAUAACUGCCAAACACAACACAACACACACAAAUAUUACAAAAUGCUUCUUCUUUAUAGUCCUCUAUGACUCUUUCUUCUUAAAAAAUUUCUUCUUGGUUUUUGUGCCUCACUUUCUCUUCUGCAACUCCAAUAAACCAAAAGAAUAAUAGUAAAGAAAAAAAGAAAGGGGAAAAAAGGGAACUUUUUUUGUUCCUUUUGGUGAAUAUUUUUUAUAAGGGGUUUUAGAAAUUUGCUUUUCAAAUAUGUUGAGCAAAUUUGGAACUUAAAGAUUUUUUUUUUUUUUGUCUUUCAUUUUGGUGUUAAGUCAAAGCUAGUGAAAAAGGAGUCUUUUUUCUCUUUUUUUGGUUCUUUUGGUGAAAACUCAUUAAAGAAGAGGUGAUUCUUGAAUCUUUUUCAUAAGGGGUUUUAGAAAUUUUUACUUUUAAAAAAAUGGUGAGCAAACUUGGAGCUUAAAGUUUGCAUUUUUUUGCAAAAAAGACUGUUAGAAAGUAAAAAAGGGGUUCUUUUGAGGUGAUUCUUGAAUCUUUUUUGAUAAGGGGUUUAAGCAAAAAUGGUGAGUAAAUGGGGGAAAGUGAAAUUGGCACUUGGUUUGAAUCUUUGUACUUAUGUUCCUAAAAAAACAUUGGAUUAUAAUAAUGAUGAUGAUGAUAGUGGUGAUAGUGUUGAUAGUUCAAAUGUUUCUGAAUCAGAGAGACAUUCAGGUGCAGCCCUUAUAGCACCAGCAACAGUGGAUUGGGAGGUUGCUCAGGCAACUCCAAGGUCACAUGUGUUGAAACUCUCAAAGAGCUUAAGUAGAUCUUCAAAGAAAACAUGCUCUAUAUGUUUGGCUUCAAUGAAGAGAGGGGAUGGCCAUGCUAUAUUCACCGCUGAAUGUUCACAUUCGUUUCACUUCCAGUGUAUUGCUUCAAACGUGAAACACGGAAACCAAGUUUGCCCAGUUUGCCGAGCAGAAUGGAAAGAGAUUCCUCUGCAGUUUCCCAGCCUUGAUCCUCCUAUUGGCAGAGCUAGAGUCAAUCCUGUCGACUGGCCCCAAAAUAAUCCACUAAUGACCGUAAUACGUCGUUUACCAACAACCCGUCCAACACCGAAUCGACAUAUUUCCCCAUUAUUUCAAGCUCCCGAGCCAGCCAUCUUUGAUGAUGAUGAAUCUUUGGGUCAUCAACUCAAUUCUACUGAGAAAAGUGCUUCUAGUUGCGAGUCUUGUGACAACAGGAAAGUAAAGAUUGAAACUUUCCCAGAGGUUCCGGCUGUCUCAAUGUCAAUUGCUUCAGAUAACUUCACUGUGUUAGUCCAGCUGAAGGCUCCUGGUUCAGGUAAAAAUGAGGUAAAUUUUUCCUCGGUUUCCGAAACACCUCGUGCUCCUGUUGACCUUGUCACAGUUCUUGACAUAAGUGGAAGUAUGGCUGGCACUAAACUCGCGCUACUAAAACGAGCUAUGGGUUUUGUGAUACAGAAUCUCGGUCCAUAUGACAGGCUAGCAGUAAUUGCCUUCUCUUCGACAGCUCGCCGCCUCUUCCCUCUUCGUAGGAUGUCCGAAACAGGACGGCAACAAGCACUGCAAGCUGUAAACUCAUUGGUUGCAAAUGGAGGGACAAAUAUUGCUGAAGGCUUGAGAAAGGGUGCUAAGAUAAUGGAAGACCGUCGGGAAAAGAACCCGGUCGCUAGUAUAAUAUUGUUGUCUGAUGGUCAGGAUACGUAUACAGUCAGUAGCAAUUCCGGUAGUACCCAGCAGCAGCAACCUAACUACAAGUUACUUCUACCUUUGUCCAUUCACGGCGGAAAUAGUUCAGGGUUCAAAAUACCAGUGCAUGCGUUCGGGUUUGGUGCUGAUCACGAUGCUUCAUCAAUGCAUUCUAUAUCAGAGAUUUCAGGAGGAACGUUUUCAUUUAUCGAGACGGAAGGUGUCAUACAGGAUGCUUUUGCUCAAUGCAUCGGUGGCCUUCUCAGUGUUGUAGUUAAGGAGCUUCAAGUAAGUAUCGAGUGUCUUCACCCAGGUAUCCGUCUUAGCUCUUUAAAAGCAGGAAGCUAUCCAAACCGCUUAAUGUCAGAUGGACGCAUGGGAAUGAUCGAUGUCGGAGAUUUAUAUGCUGACGAAGAGAGGGAUUUUCUGGUCUCGAUCAAUGUCCCUACUGAAUCUUCGUGUGCAGAAACAUCAUUGUUAAAGGUUAAGUGCGUAUACGUUGAUCCUUUCACAAAAGAGAAAGUUUCCAUCAGAAGUGAAGAGCUUAGUAUCAAGAGACCUGAAAAGGCUGGACAAGAAGGUGUUUUGAUUGAAGUGGACAGGCAACAGAACAGGCUCCGAGCAGCCGAGGCAAUGGCACAAGCACGAGCAGCCGCUGAGAAAAACAACCUAGUUGGCGCAACUUCUAUCCUCGAGAACUGCAGAAAAUUGUUGUCAGAGUCGGAAUCUGCUAAAUCUCAUGAUCGGCUUUGUAUUGCACUCGAUGCUGAGCUCAAGGAGAUGCAAGAGAGGAUGGCAAGCAGACACGUAUAUGAAGCAUCAGGAAGGGCGUAUAUCUUGUCGGGUCUGAGCUCACACUCAUGGCAGAGAGCAACAGCACGAGGCGACUCAGUGGAUGGUUCGAGUCUCGUCCAAGCCUAUCAAACCCCAUCGAUGGUUGAGAUGGUAACUCGGUCUCAGGCUACAUUACUAGCUAGCCCAUCAGCUCAAAGACUUGUUCGACCCGUUUGGUCAUUGGCAUCACAACCUAAGCCUCGGUAACAAUUAUAUAAACUAUUCUUGUAAAGGAAUAAAAUUCAGCCAAGUGAAAUCGGGGGAAGGUGCAUUAUAUUUUUAGGAAAAGGGAUGUUGUAAGGGCAGACUAGUUAGGUUCUUAUGACUUUUGGUCUUGUUUUUUGGUGUUUGUUUUGACAUUUUGUUGUUGGGGGUGAUGUACAUAAGGAGAGAUGGCUUAUUUCUCUGUUAAAAAAGGGUAUAAGUUUGUAACUGUGGGAUUUUCUUGGAGAACUGUCAUCUAUAUAUAUAAAAUCCUGCAAAGUGAUUCUUUUCCUUAA